AUGGUUAGCAAGUGUAAUCUAGUGAGUGUUCUAGGGGUAUUUUUGGUAUUGACAUUGUUCCAAAAUCCGAUCACCGUCUCCGGCCAGAAUGUCCCGGUGGUUGCUUUGUUCACAUUCGGUGACUCCAACUUAGACGCCGGAAACAAACAAGAACUCACCAAAACUCUCGUCGCUCAAGGUUUCUGGCCGUACGGAAAAUCCCGGGAUAAACCCAACGGCAAAUUCUCCGAUGGCUUCAUCACACCGGACUUUCUCGCAAAAUCCAUGAGAAUCGUGAACGAGAUCGUACCGGCGCUUAAACCGAACGUGAAUGUCUCACGUGGAGCUAGUUUCGCCGUCGCCGAUGCUACUCUUCUUGGAACUCCGGUGGAAUCUUUGACUCUGAAUCAACAAAUAAGGAAAUUCAAUCAAAUGAGAGCAAACUGGGACGAUGAAUUGAUCAGGAAGUCACUUUUUAUGAUUUACAUUGGUGCUAAUGAUUACUUAAAUUUCACCAAGAACAACCCUAACGCCGAUGCAUCUGCUCAACAAGCUUUUGUUACUUCCGUGACCAACAAGUUGAAGAACGAUAUCAAAUUGUUGUAUGCAUCAGGAGCUAGUAAGUUCUUGAUCCAAACCCUAGCACCAUUGGGUUGCUUACCGAUCUCUAGACAAGAAUACAACACCGGUUUGGAUCAAUGCUACGAAAAACUCAACGAUUUGGCUAAACAACAUAACGAAAAAAUCGGACCUAUGAUGAAUGAAAUGGCUACAUCCACUCCUGGUUUCCAAUUCUCCGUUUUCGAUUUCUACAAUGUCAUGCUUCGUAGGAUGCAAAAUAACAAGGAUUACCGGUUUUUCGUUACGAACUCAUCGUGCUGUGGAGUUGGAACACAUGAUGCUUAUGGUUGCGGUUUACCUAACGUGCACUCAAGGCUAUGCGACUACCAACGGUCUUACCUAUUCUUUGAUGGGCGUCACAAUACCGAGAAAUCGCAAGAAAUGUUUAGUCAUCUUCUUUUUGGAGCAGAUCAAAAUGUUAUUCAACCGAUGAACGUUCGUGAGCUCGUGGUUUACCCAGUCGAUGAACCAAUGCGUGACUUUUGGGUGCCUCAAACAUCAGAGAGUGUCUCUAGCUCAUCGUCAAGCCGCGGUUACGAGGAUUUAUAA